UGAGCCUUCCAACCGUACACACAGGGCUGUCACACUAGGUUCCCUGACGGGUAACUGCCGACUGACGUUCAGCCUUCCAACCGUACACACAGGGCUGUCACACUAGGUUCCCUGGCGGGUAACUGCCGACUGACGUUCAGCCUUCCAACCGUACACACAGGGCUGUCACACUAGGUUCCCUGACGGGUAACUGCCGACUGACGUUAAGCCUUCCAACCGUACACACAGGGCUGUCACACUAGGUUCCCUGGCGGGUAACUGCCGACUGACGUUAAGCCUUCCAACCGUACACACAGGGCUGUCACACUAGGUUCCCUGGCGGGUAACUGCCGACUGACGUUAAGCCUUCCAACCGUACACACAGGGCUGUCACACUAGGUUCCCUGGCGGGUAACUGCCGACUGACGUUGAGCCUUCCAACCGUACACACAGGGCUGUAGCAGGGGUGUUCGUUAAACAGACCCACAACAUGGAAGUUGCUCCUCAAACGCAUUAUGAAGAAAUCCAUUUUAUUGACAAGAAAGGCCCACAGAAAUACCGACCCUGGUGUUCAUCUUCCAUGUGUUUUGUUGUGCUUAUUUUAUCGAUGUUUUUAAAUGGAGGAUUGGGUGCAUUUAUUGUCUACAAGAUGACACACAAAGAGCAUGCUGCGCCGUUUGCUACAGGCGAGGUUAAGCGACCGGAUAUUGCUGAUUCUGUCUGUGUGUCAUGUGACUCUCUGAACGUCCCUGACCUUUCAAGAUCACCUUUGGAGAAUCAGGUCAAGGUCGUUAUGCUGGGUCAAGGUUCAUUUUGCUGUAUUGAGAAUACUGAGAGUCUCGGGAUGUAUAUGAAUAUUGUAGUCGGAGAAUAUUACCAUGACCUCAACGGUGACAACAGAGGUGGUGACCUUCCCAUCAACCAUGACAGACCGGCGACGCAUCUGUAUCUUGAUACAAACAGCGUCACAGAUCAAAAUCUACAGUGGGACUCCUCCCCUGGGUAUGGGACGGCACACGUGACUGGGAAUGUUACCUAUAGCAACGGACGUCUACAUGUGCCACGUGACGGCGUGUACUACAUCUACUCCUUCCUUACAAUACGUAGCGACGUCGUCACAAACGACGACCUGAACAUUGUCCACAGCGUCCAGAAGUACAACUCUGACCACAUAGACACAGACAGCCACCUUCUCCUCAUGGGCAAGACGACAUUGAAGGAGAGACAUGGGCAGUUCACCAAACGUUUCUUGGCGGCAAAUUUGAAAUUGAAAAAGAAUGAUGAACUAUUUGUCAGCUUGUCAAACACGUCCUUGGUAUACAAAUUUCCACCUGCUAAUUAUUUUGGUGUCCACAUGUUGUAAUAUCAGUUUAGAAAUGUGUCCAAUAACAAGUUAAAACCGUCACAUCAAUA